AUGGAGAUUAUAGGAUUCGGUUUCCGUCCCACAGAAGAAGAACUUGUCGACUAUUAUCUCAAACAUAGGUUGAUCGGUGAUGAUCCACGCGUCCACCUCAUCCCCGACAUUGACCUUUGUGAAGUGGAACCUUGGGACGUACCAAUGUUAUUAGCGGAAUCAGCUGUACAUUUCAAUCUCCCAGAAUGGUUUUUCUUCAGUCCUGUUGAUUUCAAGUAUUCAAAUAGUAAAAGGGUUAACAGGACAACCAAGUGUGGCUUCUGGAAACCCACUGGAAAAGAUCGUGACAUUAGGAGCUUGGACACCAACACUCUCCUUGCCACAAAGAAGACUCUUGUUUACUAUAAAGGUCGUAUUUCCCGUGGUGUCAAGUCCAACUGGGUUAUUCAUGAGUACCAUGCUGUUACCUUUCAUGAAAGUCAGUGUAACUAUUUUGUUGUGAAUAGAAUUGUUCAGGGAAUAAGUUUCAGAUUUGGAAGCAUUAACCUGACUAGUCUUGGCCUUUCAUUUGUGCGAAUCAUAUCAAAUAUGCUGAUUAUCAUCUUGCAGAGGACUUUUGUUUUAUGUCGCCUGAUGAAGAAACCUGAGAAAACAACUGAAAAUGGAAGUGAUGCACUGACAUGUGAUGAAGGGGAGCCCAGUAGAAUCAUGGUUUCUGGCUAUGAAAAUCAGGCAAUAGCAGAAGGAAUUCCAUCAGGAGGUACUUUUAAUGGAAUAGAGACUACCUUUCAGCCUAUGCAUCAAGCAGAGAAUUACUUCUUCUCCCCACUACAACAGUCUCCAAUUGGUAUUGAGCAAGAAGAAGCGUCUUUUCCAAACUCCCCAUUUUACAAUGCCCAUUUUAGAAAUGAAAAGAAGACUAUACAGAUUCCAUUUGAAACUACACAGGAAGAUGAAUUCUUGAAUUCCAUUUUAGUGGACGAUAAUUUUGAUAACAAUGAAGAAAGUAUACAGACCUAUCUCAAUAGUUCCACCCAAUCGGAGUCGUUUAGAAAAGUAUACUGUGAAAGUAGUGAUACGGAUUCUGAAGCGGUCUCUCAACUGCAAAAGAUAUAUUGUCCAAAUAUUCAAUAA